AAGCAGACUGCCAGCCCAUCCUCAAGUUUUACUACAGGCUUGGACAUCACACACAGAAUGAGCUCUGUCUUUGAACUGAAAACACUCCAUUUCAUGCACUGAAUUUGAGCAACCACGGAUUCUUGCUCCAUAUGAGGAAGAAAAUCUUGAAAGCACCUUGUCUCCUCUUGAGUCUGUUCACAAGUUUGAAUCUCUGCUCCGGAAAAUUUGGGACACCGAUAACUGAUGAUGUGAGCAAGCUGUCAAUAUUGAAGCAGAAUAUCCCUUCUGAUUAUGAGAUUCCCCUAAGUUACAUUCCCAAAGAAGUGGCUGGCACGUGCUGGGUGGUUUUAAAUAUCUAUCCUUUGGAGCAAAGUCUUCGGAAGCUGGCCAACAUGUUCGGUGCCAUCUCCUCCAACAAAGAAAACAUACUUGUCUUCAUUGCCAUGCUGAAGAGUUUACGCUUCACCUUUGACCACGAGGAACUGGAAACAGCGAUGCAAGUCUUCCAGUGUCACUAUCGGGAGGGGAGCUUAAUGUCUGGUCUUUACUUUGACUACAUCAAAGACGUCUUGCAUACUGCCUCUCAAGGAACAACCGGCUUCUCAUGCAACCCGCCACCAUGCCUUAAUCCCCAACAAACACCAGGGGGUCAGGAGGAGGGUCGUGAAUCCAGCUGGUCGAAGAGAACACCCUUGCUUCUGGCUCUCAUCCCCUUCAUAGCCUGUGUUGUUAUCCUAGCAUGGCUGGUCAGGUCUGGAAGGCGUUUACCAGUGUGCAACACUGAAAAUAGCCAAAUGGCACCUUCUGACAUGAUUCCAACUGUGUCUGUCUCCAUCCCGCUUCAAACACUCACCCACGCUGCCGACACUCAGCCAGCGGGGGAGGCCAUCCCUGAACAUGAGAGUGGAUGAAGCAUGACUAAUAGAAAAGGGAUAUCUGGACAGCAGUUUAACAACUCACUCUCCAGGAUGUUCUGUGAUGGGCAAGAGCCUGCUGGAUAAACGAGUGUUGUCUGACACUCUUCCUCUUCUUUCACUCAUCUGAGUGCAUGGACCCGAGCUACCAGAGAAAACUCACCUGCUGCGAAGGCAGGCGUAUCACAAAAUUCCCCAGGCUCUUCUAGCACCUCACCUCCCAAAGAGUUUUUUUUGGGACCAGAAGAUGAACUCUCUGCACAGUAGCUGGUUAUCUGCCAAAAUGUUCUAGCGAAGUACAUUAAUUGUCUCGUCUUGGCCAGUGUUUAACAGCAUUUGGCUUCUAUGUGCUGACCAAGUUGGUUUUUUUUCAUUCCUGCCAUUCCGAACUGUUGCCAUUCAGGGUGUUGCUGUGAAUGUAUCGCUGGAGCCUCAAAUCAAAAUGAUAUCACACUGUUAUUGGAGGACGUAAUUUCAUUCUGAGAUGGGACCCCUGUCAUCAAUUUGUUGGCUGUGGCCUGGUGGUUACAGAGAUGGUCCUCACUGCUGUGGAGUCAACAUACUGCUAUUUUUUCUGACUUAUCCUGAAAUGCAUUAGGGUACAUGCAGAGCAGUGCAUUCCUACCAGUACUGCCUUUUGUAAAACAACUUAAAUGUAUUUGGGGGGAAAAGGGCCGACUGAAGAAGCUGUGUCUUAUCUACUGCAGCUUGUCUUGUACUUGUUGUUGACAUUAUUCUGAUCUGUGAUCUGUCACAAAUUACCAACCAGCUAGUUGCAAAAAACACACCGAGCAGUUCAACAAGCGCUCUACUUUGUGUAUCAAAGAUCUGACCAGAUGGCAGAGAGCCAUCGCCGGAGGCCCUUUGAAUCCCACCAUUGUGUUUCAAAGCUGUUGCCCAGUGAUUUAUAGCUGCUGCUCGGCCAACAGUGAGUUUGUUAGAGUUUUUCAUGGCUUAUUCACUGAGUCAAUCAUGUUCAGUCAUGAGAACAUGACUCCCCCGAGUGUGAGCGCUGUACUGUAUGUGUCAGAGACAGGGAGCGAGAGACAGUACAGACGGGACAAGGGAGAGUGAGGGAGAUAUGGAUAGAUAGAUGGAUGGACGGAUGAGCUCAGUGAGAAGCAUAAGGAGGGCUUGUUCUCGCCACAAAAGAACUGGCCGUAGGCUGGAGGAAAUGUCAGUUACAAACGCGACUGAUGUCGGCAGAUCACUAUGAAUCAACAGGCUAAGAAUCUUUCCAGACCACAGGCUAUGUGGCCUCAUCUACAGAUGAUUAUUAGUAUAUCAAUAACAGUUUUCUGAUUUACUUGCAAAACACAUCUAUGAUCUAUGGAUUAAUUAAUGUUUUCAUGUUGUAGAGAAGGUCUACAACGUGUGUGUUUUAUUGUGUAUCUGGUCACCAAUUAUACAAAUUGGUCAUUUUCUUUUUUAAUUUUGUUAAAAUGUGUAUUUGUAUUGUUUAUGAGAUGAUUAAGUUAUUUUGUCACACCACUUCCAAAAUGUAAUGAACGUUUGUUCGUUGUUGUUGUUAUAACUUCGUAAAUAAAAAGUAGACCAAUUCUAGUCAUGAAUGUACGGGGGUGGACAAAAUACUGUGAACAUUCUGGGAAAACACAAUAUAACUUUGAAGUAAAUCAUUGCAAUGGAUGCUACAGCCUUGGGUCUUGUAGUUAGAUGUCAAUAGCUGUAUUUAUCAUCCCACUAAAUGCCGGUGUGUUAUAUAUCUUGUUUCUUAGUUUCAACUGAUCUCUGUUUCUCUUCUACACUUUCACUGAAACUCUUGCAGUUUGGCCUUUUUUGUUUGUUGUCUGUCUCAAGUUCUUUUGAUAAUUCACAUAUAAAAGUACUGAUUAUUAAAUGUCUGGCUAACUGGCAUUCAAAUGAAUACCAUAUGACCCAUGUAUGUAGCAGUUUAUAACAGUUAUUUGGUCAAUGUCCUUUUUUAUGAUAUGUUGAUAUUGUUUUGCCCACCCCCUGCAAAUGGCCCAUGAGCAAAAUCACGUUGUCAAUAACAUAUGUAUACUCUGAGAUUGUCAGUAAUGUAAAAAAAAUAUAUUGGUACAUCCUAUUAUUGUUGUCUGUAAAACAGUGCAACAAUUCUGAAUGUUUCCUUCAUAUCUUUUUAAUUAAAAUGAAAAAAAUAGAGAAAAACCAUUCAACUUAAAAGAGACACGAAGUUCACUUAACAUCGACAACAAGUGAUUUCAUAAAAGGCCUCCAUUCUUGGUUUUUGAAGUGAAAUAUUUGAACUUAUUCAUAAGGAUCUUAGAACAGAUCAUACAUUCAUGUAGAACUUUGUCAGGUCAUCUACUCAGGCCUCUGAGCUUUGAUGUUAUCUCAAAGAUGUACAAAUUAAAUGCCAGGGGUUGGUUAUUGAUUGCACAAAUAAAAACCUUAGCAUUAUUUGUAGUUUUGAUUACAUUUAUAAUAAUAAAACUGCAUUUGUGGCUGUAAUGUAGCAUUGAGCUGGAUGGUGGUUGACUGUAACUCCUUUGUUUUCAUUGGACAUGUGUUUUACUGUUACUCCUGUUUGUAGUAAGACAAGAAUGAGUGCAUCAAACAAGGUUAAAAUCAUUUUGAUUACUUAAAAUCAUAAUGUACCAUCACAAUUCAUACGGCCGAUUGUUGCUUUUCUGUGGCG